UGUGAAAACAAAUGGUCUUCUGUUUGUCUGUCUGUCUGUCUGUCUCUCUCUCUCGGACUCUCCCAAGAGUCCCUGUAGACUCACGGAUGGAGCAGAAGUUGUGUUGACUGUUGAGACUACUUCUAUCGAGAGACCAUAAUCACAAUGAUGACGUCAUCGACUGGUCAUAUGACCAGGAUGUGACUACACGAAGAUGUUAAAGAGAGAGAGAUGAAUAUUUUUAAUCUUUUGCUUGAUAUUUUGAUAUUCAUAGCCUUACCUAUCAUUUUUUGGUAUCAUUGUCAUCCAUGGAAUCAAAACUACAAUGCUGCAUGAAACACAAGACGAUACAUGAUAAAUGCACUGUGAUGACAUGUUAGCCACCACCAGCUUUCAUAAGAAACAGAUGGAGGGGUUUUCUCAGAAAGUUCCAAGUGAUACACAUUCCUUUGGGUUUGCAUCAUCUGCUCAACAUUACAGUAAUGUUCCAGCAGGAGCUCAAAAUGUUAUGGAAACCAUGAAUCCCUCUCGGACUUAUAUAACACCAUCUCACACCACAAAUCAACAGUUGGAAAAUACAGGUGGCCGAAUUAUUCCAACAGCCGGAACAAGUUUGCAAGAGGAUUUUGCAAAUGAGGCUCUGGUACCCCCAAACAGCGGCCGCAAAAAGAAGAAAAAACACAAAAGUGGAGAGAGUAAUUCAGGAAAUACCGUUAAGCCAGAGGUAAUGGAUGAAGAAGGCCUAGUUGAUGCUACACUACCCUUACUUACAGAAAACCAAGGUGUGGAAGAUCUUUUCAGUUCCUCUAUACCAGCAUGUGGCGAAACAGUUGUAGGUGAGCAGUACCUUCUCAACAACUCUUUACUUGAUCAAAUUCUCACAGAAAAAAAACUGCAACUGAUGCAGUCUCCAGAUGUCAUUGAGUGGCUAAAGAAACACACGAAAAAUUAGGGAAUUUAUCAAACACAUAAUUAUAUAUUGAUUGUUCUUUUGUGCUGUUAGCUUUUAUUUUAUUUAUACCAGCAUUCUUAACACAUCUGGGUACCAGUUCCUUGGAUAUGUUUUUCUGUUAACAAUGAAUCAUUUCCAGUUCUGGUAAAGGAUGUGAUAUGAGAUUUUAUUUGAUAUUUGCAGUUUGUUGGUCACAAGAAUCAUCAGGGAUAGUAGCCUCACCAGCUUAUUGUUAUAUUUAUUUAUUAACUGAGGAAAGAUGAAAAUAUUUGCAAAUUUAGUUGAGACUUUUGAUUAGAAAGCCAAAGGAACCAUGAGAUGUUUAUCAGGUUUCAGAAUAUGUACUCUGGUUUAGAGUAAGGAGGAAUUACGAAAUAAUGAAAAAUAAAAGCUUUUUUUUUCACCAUUUACAUGAUUCAAGUGGCCAAAUAAUAUUCAAACCCCAGCAUUCAGCCUUCAGUCAGUGAGAUCCAUUAAUGCUAUGUUUGCUUGCUGAUUUGGUUGGAAUAAGAAAUAUUUUGCUUUUUAUCCAUAGUAGACAAUGAAGUAGUACAACUAAGUAGAUUUUAUAGAUUUUUAUAGUUUAGAAUUAUCAUCUGAUUUUAUUGGUGCUGGAAACAUCUGAAUAAUUACUCCUUAUUUAUUGUUUGUAUAUUUAUGUAUAUUUCUACUAUUUACCUUGCAGUAUGUUUGUAUAUUGUAUAUAAAAUUACAUAGAUGUUGAUUUAUAUAAGUACUAUAUAGUGUCGGUGGUUGAUUACUGGUUUGCAUUUUUACAGUGUAAUCAUGCUAUAUUAGAUUGGCUGAUCAUUUGCUGGUCUGGUAUGAGUCAGGUAUUUCAUGCUCAUGUGACAGAUUUGAUUCAGACAAACCAUUAUAAUUUGCAGGCUACUGCUGGAUAUAUUUUACUUUUCACACAUUCACAGUUUUUCAAUUUAUAUAAGUUUGUAGAUACACCAGAGUAUAGAGUGGUAAAGAGUGGACAGUUGCGAGAGUCUUUGAGGGAAAAUUGUAACCGCGGCAAUGGUGGCGCCAUCCAACAGUGAGCGCAUAAAGUUGUUUGUACUGGCAUACACCACACUAAUGUUUAGGACGAAUGUUAGCACUUUUGUGGGUUGUAACACUAUUUUCUGAUCUUUUAUUGUUAUUUAUGCAACAGUGCACUAAUCUGGAUUAAUUAUAUAUUUUAUUGGAAAACAAUGAGUAUAGAUAAAUAAAGCUUUUCCUCUCUUUAUCUAUAACUACUGGUGCUAAACCAGGUUUCUUUCAAAAGGUUGAAAAUUAUGGCUAAAAGGAAAUAAAUGAAUAAAUAAAUAAAUUUGUAAGAUACGUAUAUCAGGCCAAACUAUAAACAAACUGAAACUCCUCCAUUGUAAAUUGAUAUCUUUAUUUUAUCAUACCAAAAUUGAUAUAAUUAUUUUAUUAUAUUAGGCCCGGAUGUACAGUGGACCCCCCGUAUUCGCGUUCUCCAGAUUCGCGGACUCACACAUUCGCGGAUUUCUCUCGGGAACGUUUCCCUGCAUUAUUCGCGGAAAAUUUGCGCAUUCGCGGUAUUUUUCUAUGAUAAAUAUCCACAAAUUCCUGGUUUUUUUGAUGAAUUUCAUCAUAAAAUGCACUUUUCGUGAUAAAACUGAAAAAAACCAUGUACGAAAAUUUUUAGUGGGUUUUUCUUGAGUUUUAACUAACAAAAUAGGCUGUUUUUAGCAUUUUUAUAGGGGUUCCAAACAUUCGCGCGUUCUAACUAUUCACGGGGGGAUCUGGUACACAUCCCCCGCGAAUACGGGGGAACCACUGUACUAACAUUUAAGAUGGUGUAAAAUUAAUGUUUUGUUCGUUAUAUUACGUUUUUGGGUUCUGUAAGGUUUUUCAACAUUACAUAGUCACAUACUAGAUUGUAAUAAACUUUAAUUUUUUAACUUUUUUCUGUGACUGUGUUGACAAAUACAAAUAGUUUUUAACCAUAUUGUUUAGAAAUUAAAUGGAAAACAGGAAUAUUAUCAAAGGAAAGCCAGAAAAAUGAGGAUAGAAACACCAUAUGGUGGUAACUUAAGACAUAACAAGCAUGUUUAGUACAUCUGAGCCCUAGACUGCAAUUUUUGUUUGCAUCUUUUAGUGUGAUGAAGAUGGAUGCGUAUAAAGAGGUUGCCAAUGAAAAACCUGAAGCUGCGCUCAGAACAAGCUAAAAACUUUCCAUACAGCAGUCAGUAAACAUUAUAAUCCAUAGAUAAAAAAAAUUAUAUAAAUAAAAAUAUAAACACUUUCCAAUAGCCUCUUAUCUUUUGUGCUAUUCCUUCUCAAUCUCACAUUUUUCCUAAUCACAUAUACACAUACAAGCACACUAUACUUACUCAGAUUUUGUUAAGUAAAAGUACAAAAUUGUAAACAAAUUAAACGCAAUCAAGUAGCAGGAGGUGGAACAGACUGAGAUGGUAGGAGGGAGGUAAGUUGAGUGAAGUUCACACUUUCCCUAGCUCAUGGUCAUGGACUCUUGUACUCUUAAAUCAACACACAAUACAUUCCUCAUCAUGAACAUUUGAGUAUGUGAAAGGGUGUCAUAUUAACCAAAUUAGUUAAUUAUUUAAUUUAUAAUUAAAUAAUUUAAGCAAAUUUUUUCCUUAGCACAUUUCUACUCAUACCAUUCUACACCACUAGUGCUCAAUUUUUACAAUAAAGUUUGUGGGACAACAGAAGCAGAAGAAGAAUAAUGUAACAAUGCAAGAAAGAAGAACCAAGAAAGACGACCACCCAAAGAAGAAUGAAGAAAGAAGAAAUCUAAGUGAUUAUGACAGAGCUUCUUGGGAUCCCAAUUACACAAACAAAUACUGCUAUAUGAUAUAGCUUGAGCAGUAAGAGAAUGCCUGAUUUGCUACAGUAACACUUAGUAACCAGACAAAACAUGGUGAAUUAAACAACCAAAGGAACAAUGAAAGAAUUACCAUUAACUUAUCUCAUAAUUUCGUUAGUGUGAAUUUAGAUUUGAUAAAAUGUAAUUGAAAACAUAUCACUCACCUUUCCUUGUCUUUGGGGAAUCGUAAAAAUGAUAACUCAGGCCUUUGUGUUAUUGAAUUACAACAAUUUACUGCAAACAGAACUGCAUCCCUGUUGUGCAGUUGAUAUCUUCCAACUCCAGUUACGCGCCUGCCAUUAGAGGUGCCACCGUGACCCACAGUUAUAAAAGGGAUGCAUGAGUGUCCUCUCUUUACUUCUCUGUACUCUUUAGAUACUCUUACAAAUCUGACUGAGUUUUGAAGUUAUUGUUUUCACUUAUAUAGACUAUCUCAAAUCUAAUUUAGUAUAGUUUAUUAGUGUUUGGUAAGAAAAAUUGACUAAUGUGCAAAUAAAUGAGUCUGACGUAACAAG